CCUCUGCAAAUGCUUUCAUCUGCUGAUUAAAAUAUAAGGAAUCUCUUUUAAAUCACACUUUGAAGCUGCAAAUGCCAUCGCCCACAAAGCUGAAAACUGCGUAUGAGAGCAGAUUGAAAGUCUAUUCCCCCAAUUUCUAUAUUUGUAAUGCACAAAGAAAGAGUUGACGAGAAAUUGAAAGAGAGAGAAAGUUUUGUUUGUACGUGGAGUGAGAGAAAGAAUGAAAUCAGUAGUAUUAUGACCACUUUCACAGAAAGGUGAUUUGUUUUUCAUGGAGGACCCUAUAUGAAGAUGUAUUAUGUUGGGUUUUGGUCGAUUAUGCCCUUGUGGAGGAGUCAAUGAGAUCUUUAUUAGAUGAUUAUUGAAGAGUCCUUUCACACUGUAAUAUGAGUAUCAUUGAAGAGAAGACCGGGGCUUACAGUUUACUUGAGGAUAUGAAUUUGUUGAAGGAAAUGCAGGAUCAUUGUGGGAAAAAGAAGUCAAUAAAUUCAGAGCUAUGGCAUGCAUGUGCUGGGCCAUUGGUAAAUUUACCCCAACUUGGAAGCCUUGUUUAUUAUUUCCCACAAGGACACAUUGAACAGGUGGCAGCCACGACGAAUAGAACUGCAACAACACAAGUUCCAAACUACCCGAAUCUUCCUUCACAGUUGUUAUGCCAAGUUCAAAACACAACCCUACAUACAGACAAAGAUACCGAUGAGAUCUAUGCACAAAUCAGCCUUCAACCUUUGAACUCAGAAAAAGAUGUUUUUCCCAUACCAGAUAUUGGAAUGAAGCCAAGCAAACAUCCAAGUGAGUUCUUCUGCAAGACUUUGACUCCGAGUGAUACAAGCACACAUGGUGGAUUCUCUGUACCUCGUAGAGCAGCAGAAAAGCUCUUCCCACAAUUGGAUUUUUCAAUGCAACCUCCGACACAAGAGCUUGUUGUUCGAGAUUUGCAUGAUAAUACAUGGACAUUCCGUCAUAUAUAUCGUGGGCAACCAAAGCGACACCUUUUGACUACGGGUUGGAGUAUGUUUGUCGGUGCAAAACGGCUGAAAGCAGGCGACGCUGUUCUAUUUGUCAGGGAUGAAAGAUCGCAAUUAUUAUUGGGUGUGAGGCGUGCAAAUCGUCAACAAACAGCUUCAUCAUCAUCGGUUUUAUCAGCUGAUAGCAUGCAUAUAGGAGUUCUUGCUGCUGCAGCUCAUGCCGCUGCUAAUCGAAGCCCAUUUACAGUAUUCUAUAAUCCAAGGGCGUGUCCGUCGGAAUUUGUCAUUCCAUUGGCGAAAUUCCGGAAGUCGGUGUACGGAAUCCAGCUUUCCAUAGGUAUGAGGUGCGGAAUGAUGUUUGAAACCGAGGAAUCCGGAAAAAGAAGGUAUAUGGGUACAAUUACUGGCAUAAGUGAUGUUGACCCGUUAAGGUGGCCCGGGUCAAAGUGGCACAAUCUUCAGGUGGAGUGGGAUGAGCCCGGGUGUGGUGAUAAGCGGGCCCGAGUGAGCCCGUGGGAACUCGAAAGCCCUGAAAAUCUAUUCAUUUUCCCUUCGCUCACAUCAACCCUUAAACGCCCAUUCGGUUUGGGCUUCUAUGAAGCCCAAACCGAAUGGGACAAUAUGGUAGCCCAUCCGUUUAUUCGGGCUACCGAACCUAUAAAUGGAAACUUUAUGAACCCAUCAUUAUCUAACCUAUGGUCAGAACACCUCCUAAAGACAUUAACAAAACCCCACAGUGUUAACACGUUAACGGGCUGCAGUUUGCCCGUAAUCCAAGAGUCGGGCAAACUGCAGACUGUUAUUAUUCCUCAAAAUGUUGUAAACGAGCUUCCGGUUGUUAGCCAGUUGUCGCCUCUCGACCCUCAGUCUGAUCCGUCUCUUAGUGGGGUAUUCCCGGGCCAAGAGAAUAACACAUCGAAUAACGGUUUUUCUGACCUGGGGCAGGAAAAGUGGGACCCGUGUGAUGAUGUUUAUAAUUGUCUUAAUUUUGAGGGCAGUAACACGGGCAAUGUGAAUGUUGAUCCGGUUUCGAGUGCAGUGUUGGAUGAGUUUUGCAAUUUAAAAGAUGAUGAUUUCGAAGAUCCUUCAAGUUAUAUAGUCAACAACAAAUUUAGCCCGAGCCAAGAUGUUCAGUCACAGUUCACAUCAUCUAGCCUCGUUGAUUCUCGGGCAUACUCCGGGCAAGAGCUGCCCGACCACUCGGGCGGGACCUCGCCUGGAAACGGAGAGUUUGACACGGGACUCGUGCAGACGGGCUCAUGGAAACAAGUGGGCCCGCCUCCGCGUGUAAGAACUUAUACAAAGAUUCAGAAGGCGGGAUCAGUGGGAAGAUCGAUUGAUGUUUCGGGUUUCAAAAACUAUGAUGAAUUACGUUCUGAGAUCGAGAGGAUGUUUGGGCUUGAGGGGCUGCUAAAAGAUGCAGUAUAUUCUGGAUGGAAGUUGGUGUAUGUGGAUUUUGAGAACGAUGUUCUUCUAGUUGGAGAUGAUCCAUGGGAGGAAUUUGUGGGAUGUGUGCGAUGUAUCAGGAUUCUGUCGCCUUGUGAAGUUAGGAAGAUGGGUGAAGAGGGAAUGCAGCUUUUGAACAAUAGUACGGCGGAAUUGCAGGCUUUAAUGGCGGUUUAACACCUGGGGUGCCAAUUUCUAUGUGUGAAAGAAAGCUUCAAGCUUUGUAAUAUAUGAGUGUCAUUUUAGCUAGGUCUGUAUGUUGGUAUCGAGGAUUUUAAACCAGUAGUUAUGGAUAAUAAUAAUAAUAGGGA